UUUCGAUUCGGUUGAAAUAGGUGUGUGUUUGUUGUUGUUCAAGUGUGUGUAUGUUCUAAAUUCGAUUAUUCGUUCGACCUAAUAAAUAACUGAUGCAUCAUCCACCAAACAAAUUGACAACAGUGGUUAUUUUUUCCGAGUGAUUUUAAUAUCAUUUUAACAUAGAAAAUAAAUAAUAUGGAUGAUAACGGAUCAUCAUCACAGGAUGUGGAUUUUUCAAAAUUAUCCAUUGAAGAUCGUAUUUCACAUAAGAAUUGGAAAGCAAGACUUUCCGGUUAUGAAGAAUUGAUGCGAUUAUUUCCACAAUAUGAAGAUCGAGAAUUUCAACGUUAUGCACCUUUAGUGAAAAAAUUUGUGAUCGAUACGAAUGCAGCAGCACAAGAAAAAGGUUUAGCUGCAACAUUGGCAUUUGUUGAUUAUUGUCCACAAGCCGGUAAAUACGUUGAGAAUAUUGUAGCCGGUGUUGCAACUAAAUGUUUGACAGCAACACGUGCACGAACUAAAGAAUUAGCAUCCGAUGUAGUGCUUAUGUGCGUGGAAAUUGAACGUCAAGAUGUUGUUGUCGAAGAAUUGGUUAAAGCAUUGGAACAGAAAACACCGAAAAAUGUUGCCGCUACUAUAGCAAUGAUACGUAAAUGUUUGAAUCAAUUUGGCUAUAGAGUGAUUGGUUUGAAACCAAUCGUACCGAUAUUGGCACGAUUUUUGGAAGAACGUGAUCUAAAUGUUCGUGAAGAAACCAAACAAUUAACCAUUGAAAUAUAUCGUUGGAUUAAAGAUGCACUUGUGCCACAGCUCAGUUCAUUGAAACCGAUAUUAUUGCAAGAAUUACAGACGGAAUUUGAUAAAUAUAAAGAUAUGAAAGCUUCACCCGAACGAUUGUUACGUUCACAACAACAUCGACAAAUUGAAGAUGUAGAUGCCGCAACCAUAGCAACUAAUGAAAACGAUGGUGGUGGUGGUGGUGGUUGUGAUGGUGUUCCAUCUGAAGCUGAUUCUGAAAUAGAUCCAUUCGAUUUACUUGAACCGUUUGAUGUAAUAGCCAAAUUACCUGGAGAUUUUUAUACGUUAAUCGAAGCGAAAAAAUGGUCAGAACGUAAAGAUGGAUUGGAAAAAUUACAACAACUAUUGGAAGCUAAUCCUAAAUUAGCUACUGGUAGUGAUUAUUCGGAAUUGGUAAAACAAUUACGAAAAAUGAUCGCAAAAGAUACAAAUAUUGUUGUCGUUGGAUUGGCCAUCAAAUGCCUUGGACAAAUGGCACAAGGAUUGAGAAAAAAUUUUCAUAAUCAUGCUGGGCCAUCUGUACCGGUUUUAUUGGAAAAAUUCAAAGAAAAGAAACAAAAUGUUGUACAAUCAUUGCGUGAUACUAUUGAUGCUGUUUAUCUUUCGACUAAUCUAGAAGCCAUAAGUGAAGAUGUAGUUACUUCAUUGGAUAAUAAAAAUCCAUCAAUACGUAGUGAAACAGCAUUGUUUCUAACACGUUGUUUUACCAAAACUAAUCCACAUACAAUACAGAAAAAAUUAUUGAAAACAUUGACAACAUCAUUGAUAAAAACAUUAUCCGAUUCGGAUGUCAUUGUACGUGAAUCAUCAGCUGAAGCAUUAGGAACGGCAUUGAAAGCACAAGGUGAUCGCAAUAUGGGUCCGUUAUUACAAGGUUUAGAACAGUUGAAAAUGACUAAAAUUGAAGAAUAUCGUGACAAAGCAGAAGUGAAAAAAUUUGCCGCACCACCACCAUCAUCACAAUCUCAAUCAACUUCAGCCAAAUCAUCGGCUGUAGCAAAACCAAAAACAGCACCGGUGGGUAAAAAAUCAACGUUGUCUCGACAGGUAACGCAAAAGAUAGUGAAAAAUGUAUCUAGUGAGUCACUGGAUGAUUUGGAUCUUCCUCCACCACCACAAUCACAUGCACCAGCGACAAUGAAAAUGAAAUCAAAAAUUGGUGGAACAACUAAAUCAAGAAUUGGUAGUGUUGCUUCGGCAAGUGGUUCUGGUUCAGAUAAUAAUUCGACAAAAUCAGUUCGUAGUGGCGGCCUUACUAAAACAUCAAAUGGAUCACGUUUUGGUGGUGGAACCAUUACAAAAGGUUCAUCAAUAUCCAAUUUACGUGGUGGUAGUGGCGGCGGUAAUGGUGUUUCCGGUGAAUCUGGUUCAGCUAGCUCAUUGACUUCUGGGUCAACAACAUCAUCGGCAAAGAAAACCGGUCAGAAUGAUUCCGAUUCACAAGGACCAUUGAUGAAUGGACAUUUGAAAGCAAAAGAACAACGAUUUGCCGAUGAAAAAGCAUUGAAAGUUUUGCGAUGGAAUUUCACUACACCACGUGAAGAAUUCUAUCAAAUUCUUCGUGAACAAAUGACUACGGCCGAAUGGCAAUCACAGCUGAUUACUUAUUGUUUUCAUCCAGAUUUUAAAUAUCACAUCAAAGCUAUUGAUUCAAUACGUGAUUUUUUCCAGAAAAAUUCUUCUGAAGAUAAUCCGGUUGUCAUAGCUAAUUUGGAUUUGAUUCUUAAAUGGAUUGCUCUACGAUUUUUUGAUACAAAUCCAUCUGUUAUCACUAAAGCAUUGGAAUUGUUGCUGGUCAUAUUUGGGAUUUGUGCCGAUCCAUAUCAAUAUCAAUUAUCGGAUAUAGAAGCAAAUUCUUUUCUACCAUAUUUGGUAUUGAAAUUUGGUGAUCCAAAAGACGCCGUAAGGAAUAAAGUACAUGAUAUUAUUGAAAGAAUCCGAAAUAUUUAUCCAGCACCAAAAAUAUUUGGUCAUCUAUUCACUGGACUUCAAUCGAAAAAUUCUCGACAAAGAGCCACUUGUUUAGAAGAGAUUGGUCAACUAAUUGAACAGCGUGGAAUGUCUAUAUUUCAACAGCCAAAUAGUUUGACAAUGAUUAAAGAUUUGGCUAAAUUUAUUGCCGAACGUGAUAAUGGUGUCCGAAACGGUGCUUUAGCUUGUAUUGUACAGGUGUAUUUUCUAGAAGGUGAACGUGUUUUCAAACUGAUUGGUUCGCUUUCAGAUAAAGAUAUGAGUCUUGUCGAAGAACGAAUUAAACGUGCAUCGAAAAAUCGUCCACCACCACCUGCAAAUUCAGCUCAAACUACACAUUCGAAUCAUACAGCAGAACCUACACAAUCAAAUGGUACAUCUGGAUUGCCAACAUUAUCUGGACGUAUAGGUGGUGCUCGUAAUGGUGGUUCUGGACUUGCUACUCCUACCGAUUUUGAAGGAUCAAAAAUGGCAUCACCAUCAAAUCUUCCAUUUGAUGGCGCAACAUUGACUAAAUCACCAAGAUCAUCAUUAUCGAAUUCAUUAUUACGUCGUGGCCAAAGUGGUGGUAAUUUUACAUCGUCGUCUCGUCUUCGUGCUCAACAGCAGCAGCAGCAACAAGGAGGAUUGAAAUUUUCGACACCACCACCACCACUACCACUUCCAUCACAACCAUUUACUACAGAUACGGAAACUGAAUCGGAAACAAUGAUGAUCGAUCCAAGAAAUGGUGUUGAUCAUCAUCCUGGAAUCUUGUCCUCAACAGCUACUGAAUCUAAUGUAUCAAAUAAUCGAUUAACAAGCGGAACAUCUGAAUCUUCAGAUGUCUAUACAACCGAUGACGAUAAUAAUGAUAAUGAAUUACAACAACGUAUCAAACAGGCAUUGAAUUUACCAGAAUCUAUUCGUUAUCGUCCAACAAAUAGAGCAUCAUCAUCAACAGCUACAGUACGUUCAUCAAGUUCAGAUUCAAGUCGUUCAAAUGGUCAUUAUAUUACACCAAUAAGAAUGAAUGGUGGUGGCAUGAAUCAUGGAUCACCCAAUUCAUCACCAUCAAAUUUGAAUUCUGAAUUGCAACAAAAAUUCAAUCAAUUAUUUCAGUUGCUUGGAUCUACUGAUCUUCAACAAGCUAUCGAAGCAGCCGAAUUGUUAAAUGUUGCAAUGAAAGAUUUGGAAAAAAAUCAACGAUAUUUUGAAAGAAAAAUUGAUCAACUAAUUAUUCUUUGUAAUAAACAAUUUCGUUUAUUUCUAUCAAAACAUUAUCCAUCCGAACAACAACAACAACAACAAGCUAUUGAUGAAAAUCGUGAUACCGAACUUGACAAUAAUAACAAGGAUUCUGAUGAUAGAUUGAUUGCUGAACGCCGUGAACGUGCCAUACUUUUAUUUCGAACAAUUACAAAUUUAUUGAACAAAGUAUUCCGUUCACCAUUAGGCAAAUUGAUUAGCCGUGAUACUGUACGUGAAUUAAUCACUCAUCUACUUAGCUAUUUUGCUGGUAUGCGUCACAUCCAAACAGUAUUUAAUUCAACAAAUUGUUUAAUUGGUAUUAUAAUGGCUGGUGCCGAUGCUACAAAUCUAUUUGCUGCCUUAAUCCGUAUGCUACAUGAUUAUGUUGGAUCACCUAGCGUAGAACAAUCGGAUAAAUAUCUGAAUUUAACAAUCAAAUUUUUAUGGCGUAUAACCAAAACACUCGAAGAACGUUAUUAUGAACAUUUAAAUAUUGAUCAAAUUCUUUAUGAAUCUCAUUUGUUUUUCAAAAGUUAUCCAAAAUCAUGGUGGCAAUUGAAUCGUAAAGAUGAUCUUCCAUUACGUACAAUUAAAACGCUUAUAUUUUUUAUCGUUAGCCUCAAAGGUGAUUCAAUAUUGGAUCAUUUCACGUUGAUACAGAACAAAGAUGAAUCAGAAUUAUCUUUUUAUGUUCAAAAAGCAUUACGACAAAAAUUUGAUAAAUCCACUGGCAGUACUAAUAAUAAUAAUAAUAAUUCAACAACGUCAAAAUCAUCAACAUUGAAAAAUGAUUCAAAGAAUUCAAAAUUAGAUAUGAAUAGUCCAUCAAGAUCAUUCGAUAAUAAUAGUAGCAACGCUACGAAUGGAAACGGCGGAAAUGUUAAAGAAAAUCAAAAUCAAUCACCAUCGCCCCAACAAUCUUCAAAACAACAACGUCGAAUUCCUGAAUUAUCACCACGAACAGAUUUUCCACUUCGUCUUCGACAGAUUCAUAAUGCUGAAUCAUCAGCUAAUGGUGGAAUGGUUUCGACUAUACCAAUUGUAGAAACUAAGGAAGAUUUUCAAAUCUAUUGUGAUCAUACAGCUAAAAAAUUACAGAUAAAUGAAUUAAGUUAUGAAAGAUUUCGUAAUAAUUAUCAACAAUCACAACAUAAUCAGCAACAACAACAGACACGAAUACGUAAUAUCGAAGAUGCAAAACGUGCUGUAGAAUUGGCUAAACAACGUUUGGAUCAUUUAAAGACCUAUCUUAAUAAUAAUGAUAAUAAUCAGGUUACUCGACCAUCAUCAUCAAAUCACCAUUGAGUUUUAUUCAUUCAUUCAUGUUUACAUACACCAACUACACCCACCUAUUUCACAACAAUUCUUGGUCUUUCACAUACUCCCUUUCCUUUUUAAAAAACAAAAAUUUCACAAUAUUUAAAUUUUUUUUCCUCGUAGGAUCGAUUCUGUUUAAUCUAAAAACUGAUGAUCAUUAUAAUAUUUGAGUAAUUGACGAAUUUUUUAAUAAUAAAUUUUCUUAUUCAUUUUUUUCA